UAUACCGAACAUUCUUGUUUUUUUGUAGUACACGUAAACAUAUAAAAAAUAACAAUGAUUUUCAAUAUUUGGCCUUUUCUGUUAUGUUGUUUCGCUGUAACGUCAAAUUUAAAUACAAUCGUAUCGGCAGCUAAAAGUCAGAUUUUUCCUUUACGAUAUUACUUUCAAACGUCCAAUGAGUACUAUGUACGUGCCGUGAAUAUAUUGAGAUCAUUCAACAAAAAUCCAAUUUGUAUAGAAAGUUCAGACGUGAAAAAUCUGACAUCACCGUCAUUUGGCGAUAUCAAAAAAUAUCAACCAAAAUUAAUCAGCCGGUCUAAAUUAGAGAAAAGAGCUAAGGACUUCCAAUGUAGUUUUUGUGUUAUGGCAAAAUCAAACUUACUGUACAUGGAGAACUUAAUAAAAAAGUUAAAUAACGGAGAGCCAUUCGUUCAUGAUGAGAAAACCAUGAAACGUCUUGAAUUGGAAGCCAAAGUUCUUCUUGAAAUAUUACGUGCUGAAAAUUUACAAACUGGAAAAUGGCUUUGGAUAUAUUUGUUGAAAAUCAUUGCCAUCCGUCAAUACAAUGCCAAUAAGACUAUUUUCCGUAAAAACCCAAUAAUAGAUAACGAACUGCAAAACGGUGUUUCGAAUUUCAUCGCAAAUUGUGUGAUUGAAAAAUACCUUCUUCCGAUUCCAUUGCCCGAUUUAAUUUCGAAAAACCCUACUAUUGUUAAUACCAUGAUGUACGAUCUACUCGUUGCCAAAUGGGUUUUACACAACAGUGAUUUUGUCACGGUAGAAUUUUUAUACCUUAAACGAUUUUGGGACGACGGAGAACAAAUAUUGUUCAGACCAAUAACAGAAGUUAAUGUCGAUUGGAGUGAGGCGAAACGACGGCACGGAGUCGAGGUGGCCGCUACCAAAGUAUUUGUGGAAAAUCGCGGUUGGAUUUUGAAACCGUACGGUCGCUUCGAACACCAGCAAUUGUUGGUCGAGAUUAUCGAUGCUAGAAUUUAUUGUUACCUAUCGGUCAUACUUUAUGUUUAUGAAAAACAGCUAUUCACAUUUGAUGAACGUACUCGGAGUGAAAUCAAAUAUCUUAUAGUCAACCAUAUCCUAGACGCAUUGACGUUGACGGCGUUUAAAGAUGAUUUUCUUGUGGAUACUUUAGCGGAAUUAGAGUUUGCAAAAACACUCAGCAUCGACGAAAUAAAAGCCAUUUCAGCAAAAGUGAAGGCAAAGGCCAAUGACAUCCUAAACCUUUUAAACGGUGUACAUACAAACGAAAUCGGCUGGCUCAGUUUUAAUGUUAACGAAGACCAACUGUCUACCGACGACUUCAUAAGAGAAGCCGUUAGGAACUUCAAAUUCUAUUUGACCGAUUUUAAACAAUUUUUGCCGUUCGAAUAUAGUGUGCUAUUGCAUUUUAUGAAUGCAGCUUAAUAAUUAUAAUUGUCGGUUGCA